AUGGUUUAUCAAGACCACCUCACCAAAUUUUGUGUCCUGCGUCCGCUAUCGUCGAAACAGCAUAUUUCUCUUAACCAAGGAUCCGUGGAAAGAGCAAACGGUGACAUCAAAGACAUGCUGGUUGCAUGGAUGGGAGAUAACAACACCACGGAUUGGAGCAUUGGAAUCAAGUUUGUCCAGUUCCAGAAGAAUUCCAGCUUGCAUGCAGGUAUUCGUAGAUCACCCUAUGUAGCCAUGUUUCAAUGUGAGGCCAAAGUGGGCCUGACAUCGUCCUCGCUGCCUGAUGAGGUAAUUCAAAGGAUGCAGUGUGUGGAUGAUCUGCUAAAUGUACUCACACCGGUCAAAACGGAGAGGAACCAGGUCCUGUCCCAGUGCUGA